AUGGCAGCAACAGCCUCUACUUCCAAUCAAGUUCGAAAUAAGCCAUCACAAGCUAAAUGGCUCGGAUAUGUCUUAGCUUUACGCCCUUGGUCAUUUGCUGCUUCAUUUAUACCAGUAUUACUUGGUUCUGUCCUCUCUUAUAAUUAUAAUUACAACUCGACCCAAUCUUUUAGUUGGCCAAUAUUUCUAUUGACUGUUAUAGUGACGUUGUCGGUACAUGGAGCUGGCAAUUUAGUCAAUACAUAUUAUGAUUUUCAUCGUGGUGUUGAUUACGAUGGUGCAGAUGAUCGGACAUUAAUCGAUCAUUUAUUGACCGCUGAUGAAGUUGUUCGAUUUGGUGCCAUCUUGUACACAAUAGCCUGUUUUGCAUUCGCUGUUAUUGUUUGCUUUUCACAGGCCAGAAUGGAAGUUUUAGCUUUCGUUUUCUUCGGAGGGCUCUCGGGCUCAUUUCAGUAUACUGGAGGUUUCGGUUUCAAAUAUUAUGCAUUGGGCGAUAUCAUGAUCUUUAUCAGCUUUGGUCCAAUUGCCGUUUUAUUCGCUUUCAUUGCCCAAGCUGGUGUUUGUGUUGUUAGAGUUGUAUACUAUGCUAUUCCUUUAGUGCUAAUAACAGAAGCUAUCUUGCAUAGCAAUAACGCUCGUGAUCUUGAGUCUGACAAGCGUGCAGGUAUAAUUACACUUGCUAUCAUCCUAGGUUACAAACGCUCAUACAUAUUGUACGUUAUACUACUAUUUACACCUUAUCUUAUCUUCGCUUGUAUGGCUAUCAUUUCGUCGCCAUUCUAUGCGUUGCCAUUAAUAACGCUCUACGGCGGAUUAAACUUGGAAAAGCAAUUCCGACAAGGAAACCUCAGAAAGUUGCCUGUUGAAACAGCUCGUUUAAAUUUGCUAUUAGGGAUCAUGUAUGUGCUCAGUUGCUUUCUAACUGGAGAUAUUUAA